CGCACGCGACGGGCAAAUCCGAUACUCGCUUAAUCCGCGUUUCCGUUUUUCUUCGCCGUACGUGCCGACGUGCGUUCGUGUUUUAUGUUCUGCUGCGCGACGAGAUGCGAGCGAAAUAUGGCGCCGCGCGACGAGAAACCGCAUUUCUCGAUCGCACGGCGGCUCGAUAUAGGGGUUACAAGCCGCGAAUCCGCUCGCGCUCGUUACGAUUUCCGCGUUAUCCGCGCGCGGAUACGAGCACCGCGCUUCCCGGACCAAAACGUUUUUGACAUCGCGUCGCGCGAUUUUCUUCGCGCAUCGGAUUUUAUAUCCUGGGUCUCGGGGGCGCGUGUUACACACCGCCGCUCUCUCCGCAAGCACCUCGAGAGUGUUUAUUGUUCUCCCGUAUUAUUUUUAGAAUCCGCUUAUGUAAAUGACGCAGUAUCGUCGGACUUCUCCGUUGGCGGGAAGUUUGAACGGGGGCACGAGCGCGCUUACGCUUUUUUUUUUCUUUUCUUUUCUUAUCCGGAGAAAUGACUUUGGCAAAACUUUUCCGUUGUGCAAGAGACCCGUGUGAAUGUUUACGUUGUCAAGUUUUUUCCGUGUCCGAUUGAGAACGCGGAUAUUUAAACAGAAAUUCUUCAGUUCUCGGAGACUCCUGUAAUCCAAUCAAAAAAGUAACUCGCCAGGUAGCGAGGAUAUGGAAAGUAUGGUCGAGGAAAAUGGAUCAAGUGUCGAUCCGUUGUCCCAGAGUUCUCAAAGUGGUGAUGCUGCACCAGCAAUCGCAACCUCGGUACAAUCUAUCGAUAGAACCCAUCAGCAGCAAACACAUCAUCUGGUAGCUUCCACCAGCAUUGUGCAACUGACACUACCUUCGUCAGGAACAACACAGGUACAAUCGGUUAUACAACCCAAUCAACAAUCUGUAAUACAAACUGCAACGAACAUACAACCUGUUGCCAUUUCCAAAGGAAACGUUAUUCUCGUCAGCAAACCUAAUUCCGUUAUACAAACUGCACAAGGCAGUUUACAAACUCUUCAGGUGGUUGAAACUGCGAGUGAUGACAGUUUCUCAGACGAGGAUUCACCUAAAAAGAGAAAUAUUCUUACCAGACGACCUUCGUAUAGAAAGAUCCUCAACGACUUAGGCGGAGGAGAGAUCACAGACGGUCGUUUGCCACCUUUAGAAUCAUCUUCCGAGUGUGAUUCUAACGUGGACAGUGAAGUGUCUUCCCAUUCGCUCCAUUACCAAACAGUAAUUCCUGCCGGUACUAUUCAAAUUGCGACCCAAGGGGAGGGAGUUCAGGGGCUUCACACAUUAACUAUGAGCAAUGCGGCGACGGCGGGUGGAGCUAUAGUGCAGUAUGCACAGGGCCAGGACACUCAAUUUUUUGUCCCAGCUUAUACAGGUCACGGAGUUGUAGUCGAGGAUGCGGCGAGAAAGAGAGAAUUGAGGUUGCUUAAAAACAGAGAGGCGGCGCGUGAAUGCAGAAGAAAGAAGAAGGAAUAUAUAAAGUGCUUAGAAAAUCGUGUCGCGGUAUUGGAAAACAGAAAUCAGACUUUAAUUGACGAACUCAAGUCAUUAAAGGAAUUAUAUCAGCAGAAAACCGACUGAGAUUGGUGUUUUAAAUGCUGGCGGACAGUGUAUCAAAACCAUUACCCUGUACAUGUCUUGUUUGUGUACAUUAUCCUAAAUGUUGCUAGGGGGUAAGCGAUGGUGAUGUACAUGCAUUCUUUAUAGAUAAGCGUUUCUCUGUAACAUACUGUAUUUAAGUACGAAAUACGAAGGCUUGUGAAACUUGCUGUUUACUAAAGCGGGAAGCCAAAGGUAACAUGGACACAGAGACAGCAAACACGUAGGCAAUAUUUGGUAUAUAUACAUCAAUCUAUAUUUUCGAUAAAUAUAUAAAAUAAAUACGAGAUAAAAUCUCUUUACAUUUACUUGGAAACAAAAACUUUCGACUUUCACAGCUUUGACAUAUUCAGAUUUGCAUUAUUUGACUUGCAUAUAUGCUAUUCGUGUUUGUUUUAGCAUCACCAUUUAUUGCCCGUUUGUACUGGUCGAGUUCGUUAGGUGUGUGCACCGAUCGCCAUUUUUCUUUUGUUAUCAAUGUGUUUAUUAAAGAUUGAAGCGAGGCGAAGCGAAACACACACGCCUCCGUCCACUGCGUAAUUCUAUUCGCAGAGUGGAGUGUUAAAUCGAUUAAACUGUAAUCAAGUUAUUACACUGUAAUUACAACGUAAUCGCAAUAGCGUGUAAUCGCCACAAUUAACGAUUACAAAAUGUAAUUUAAUUAUCAGUAUCAAUUGCUAAUUGCGUUGUAAUUGCAGUUUAAUUUUAUUUCAUGAAAGAGUGGAUUUCAUUUAUUGUUUAUUGCAAAAAUACAAUUUGUCUCGCGGAAAGUGUUAAAUGUAAAUUAAUAAUAUUUAAAAUCUGGUGAAUACUGAAACAAUCUGAUAAAUCAUUGGUUGGAAUUGUAAUAAUGAGUGUAAAUGAUUUGAGUUAUAAAAAUUUGUCUUUUGACAUAGUAUAAUUAGCCUUGUAUUUUGCUUCACUUUAUCGGUAAAUGCAUUCAUUUAUUUCUGAAGAUUCUAUAGUAUAUGUAACUACAUUAAUUAAACACGCAUUUAGUAACAUAUUUUAUCGAUAUAAAAGUGAAGUGGAAAAUACAGCCCAGAACUAUGUUGGUUACGUUCGUUCUAUUUAAAAAAAUUUUUUUCUUGAACGAGUAAUUUCCGUAAUUUUUUUAAACACAUUUAUCACUUUUUAAUAUCUACUGCAGCAUUUACGCAACUUAGAAUUUUCUCCGUUUCACCAUCAAAUAUAUAUAUAGAUAGUUUUCAUUCUCUCAUGAAACGAAGUAUAAACGGGUAUAAAAAAAAAAAACAAUAAUAAUGAGACCAUGCAUGUGUCCUUUAUGACGUUUCACAAAAAACAAAAAAAAUUAAUCGGGAAGCAUGCAAUGCUAAAAGAUAAUCCGCUUUUAACAAACUUGCUUUAAAAUUGAAUAUACUCUUCUACGAGAAAAAAAAAAAUCUUGGCAUUGUACGUAGAAAACUGUAAAACGUAGUUACACAAUAAUAAUGAUGAUGUUACUGCAAGCAGAGUAAAAAGAAAAACAAAAAAAAAAAAAAAAAGACAGAAGAAGAUGCAUCUCUUCUUUUCUUUCUGUAAGCUGUAUGAAUCAUUGUUAUGUUUUACUGUAUAAAUGCGCGGAUACACUGAAUCCCAUACGUGCCUUCACCUAUCAAUAGUGAGACUUGGAUGGUUGAACAUAGAUGUAUCUAUGAUAUAUAGAAAUAUAUAUGUAUAUAUGUAUAAUGUAUAUAUAUAAAUAUAUAUAUAUAUAUAUGUGAUAUAUAGAUAUCUAUGGAUUUGAGUCUCUCGCAUUAUUUCUCGAUAUUUGUGCACUAUGAAUUUCCAAACAUAGUUCAAAAUUCGCCAAUUUUACAUUAGCGCAGAAAUAUCCAAAAAUAAUGCGUUGAGAUUGCGAAUGUUCGUAUAACGCGUAGUCCCAAUAAAUUUCGACUGUUUUGUAUUUCUGUUGAAACACGAAUGAGAAUAGAAGGAUGUGAUUGAUUACGCGAAUAAUAUAUAAGUGCCAUGGAAUCGCACAUUCAAUGACUCUUGAUCUAGGUGAAGGCAUGUAAGAGACGCAGACGGUGUUAGAUCGCUUUAAAAAAAAAAAAAAAGAAAAAAGAAAAAAAAUUGAGCA